UGAUCUGGCCGCACUUGACAUUUCGAAUCAGUGGCGGAGCGCUGUCAAAUGUGAUUGUAAAUUUUGUAAUAACUUUCGAAAUUCGUGGUGACAAAGCUUAUUUUGCCAAUUAGUGAAGUUGCAGGGGUGAAACAGUAUUGAAAAACAUUACAAAUUAGAACUCUGUUACUUUCAAAAUCGUUUGAAAUGUUUCAGAUUAUGAACCUCAAGCAAGUCUUGUUGCUAAAAAACGAUUUUUUAACAGUGUUCGGUUUGCUGGCUUUUGUUAUAAAGGCGGAAAGUGGUCCAAAUAAUUUACACGUUCAUGACGGUGCCACAACGGCUGAAAUAAUAGCUGGUGAUAUAUUUUUUGAAAUAGUUGACCCCUUAGAGCUAGAAUAUACGUACAGGAUAAGGCCUGCCAAAGAUUUUGGAGCACCUUUUAACGAAUCGUUUUAUAUUAAACAUGUCCCGCUUGUGCCUAUUCAACCAAAGUUUGGUUGUACACCCCCUGAGAACAUCGAGGAUAUUGAAGGGAACGUUGCUUUAAUUGAGAGAGGGGAAUGUUCGUUCAAAAUGAAGGCAAAAAUUGCGGAAAAAGCCGGUGCUCAAGCCGUAAUUAUAACAGAUGUGUCCAAGCCGACUGAAGAAUACUUUAUUGAGAUGAUUGAUGAUGACUCAUCUGAUGAAGUUCACAUACCUGCGGCUUUUCUCAUGGGCAAAAACGGUAUUAUGAUCACAAAAACGCUGGAAAGGUUAAAAAGAUCGUAUGCAAUAAUCAAUUUACCUGUAAAUUUAACCUUCACACCAGUACAUGAAAUGAAUCAACCACCGUGGUUAGGAUGGUAAUUAGUGAAUGAAACACAAAUCAGGGUCAAGUUCCUCAGUUGUUAACCCCAGUUGGACACUGUACUUAUGUUUAUUUAUUGCCAAACAAGUUAUUAACUGGUGUGGGGUUGUAUUGUUUAAAUGGCCACGUCUGUGCCAUGUGUGAAAAAUUGCUCACCUCUAGUCAACUGUUAGCAAUAAUUUUUUAAGAAUUUACUGUCUUAAUUGUUUGUACAUAUCACUUGUAUUUAUUGAAUAAAUUUUAAGGUGUU